CCGCUCCUUGACGUCGAGUGCGAGCCAGGUCAGGCAAUUGAGUGGUCUUUGCAAGUGAUUCAUCCGUUCACUGUGCAUCCCGCUCUUCCCCCAAAGAUCUUGGACAACAUCAAGUUGAUCGUGUCCUCGCCACAGGCGCUGACGGCUCGUCGCCAUGAACUUCUCCGGUUCUGGCACGGCCGUGCUCUUGCUCUGCUACCGGAGACUGAUCGGCAACUUCGUUCGGUACCAGAUCCAGCUCUUCGACGUCUGCUUCGUGGUGUUCCCGACUAUGUCGAUCUGCAACUCGGUCUUUGCGCUCAUGUUGCUCUCUAUGACGAGCUCUUUGCGGCCAUUGAUUGCUCGGACAACGAGCUUCUCUCCAGCCUUCGCUCGGGCUUCCCGAUCGUUGGAGAGAUUCAAAGGUCCGAUGAGGUUGGCCCAGAUCGAGUGGGAGCGGUCAUGUUCGAUCGUCGCUCUCCGGCGCCCAAGCAGUUCUCAGAAGUUAUCCCCUCGGAGAUCGUUGACAAGUGGAUCCCGCGGAAGACACAGAUCGUCCCGAUCGAGAUGACCGCACCGAUCCUGGCGAUCGAGACGUUUCGUGAUCAUCUGAGAAAUAAGGAUGUUCUGCUUCUGAUCGAUUCGGAAGCUGUGGAAGCUGCUCUUAGUUAA